UCAUUAAUAUUUUUCGGCGUGGGUCGAGGGGCACGAAAACUUUUAUCGUAGAAUCUGAUAUUGUUUCUUCGGAGUCGAAUUCAUCAUAUUUUACGGAUAAUUUACUUCUGUCUCAUCAUAGUGCUCUUGUCAUUGGGCAGAACCGUCUCCUGUGGUGAUCGACCGCAGGACGAGGAUCCGCUCCAGCUACGUCUUGCGGCGUGGGUGGCGCGCUAGCCGAAAGUGAAGAAUCGCGGAAGACGUCCUAUAGGAAUGCUUUUGUCAGACUAGUCAUCGAGGAACCGGAGAGCACCUGCGAGCGCCGCCAUCACGCCACGUCAUGGAGAACAAAAAUGCAUCCGAAAGUAUCGAGCAAAACAUUACUCUGGGGAAGGCGUUCAACGAUGAGCGUCUGGACCUCACCAUCACGCUGGACGGCGUGCUCACCAGCGCCUUCUUCCUCAUCUCCAUCGACCCGCUGCGCAUCAAGUGCAAUGUGUGCGGCGUCUCGCUGCAGGGCUUCGAUGCGUACAAGUCGCACGUCGACUCGCCCGAACACCAGAAGAAAUGGCAGUUCGCGCUGGACAACCCCAAUCACAAGCCGAAUUUCAUGCCCCAGGCUGGGUUCAAGGAGCCGGUGAACCGGUUCCUGUACCUGCUCAAGAGGUCGCUCAAUGAGCAGCUGCAGAUGAUGGGCCCCGGGUUCCGGCCGCGGCUGCCGACUGUGGCUAACCCGCGCGUGCUGGCGCCGCUGGUGAUGCGCGGCCCGCGGCCGCCGUUCGGCUGGCGCGGCCCGACGCCGCCGCCGGGCGCCUGGCGCGGACCCCGGCCCGGCAUGCCCUUUCCGCCCGGAUUCCGCGGGCCCCGUCCAGGCGGGCCGUUUUUUCGCGGGCCCCGGCCCCAUAUGAUGAGGCCGGGGCUUAACAUGGAAAAUAACGGCGAAGACUGGGGAGACGGCUCUGAGGAGUGGACCGGCGAGGAGGGCGAGGGCGAGGAGUACGCCGAAGAGGAGCAGGAGGCCGGCGCCGAGGGCGAGGAGCAGCAGGAGGGCGCCGACGCGCCGCCGGGCGAGGAGCCGCCGGUGCCGGGCGCGUCCGGACCCGGACCCGGACAGAUGGCGGCGCCCUGGGCACCCGGACCCGGCGGCCCGAGACCCUUCAUGGCGCCCGGAGGACCAAGGCCUGGAGGACCGAUGGCGGGAGGCCCGAGGCCCGGAGGCCCCAUGGCGGGAGGCCCGAGACCCGGAGGUCCUAGGCCUGGAGGACCAAGGUUCGGGAUGCCAGGAGGUGUCAGACCGGGAGGGCCCAACCAAGCGCAAGGCCAACAGAUGGGCAUGCCAGGACAACAGACGGGGAUGCCAGGACAACAAAUGGGCAUGCAAGGACAACACAUGGGGAUGCCAGGACAACAAAUGGGCAUGCAAGGACAACAAAUGGGCAUGCAAGGACAACAAAUGGGCAUGCAGGGACAACAAAUGGGCAUGCCAGGACAACAAACGGACAUGCAAGGACAACAAAUGGGCAUGCAAGGGCAAGUGCAGGGCCAACAAGAGGGAGGCGAGCAGAUGGCUGAGGAGAAGGAGCAAACCUUCAUCGACGGCUACCCGACGCUGGCGCUCGUGGGGACCGAGUUCAUGAUGCUGGUGGAGGGCGAUGAGAGCGGCGCCGACUUUUACGUCUGUCUGAUGUGCGUGCGCCGGAUGGGCUCAGAGGCGAUGGCCAUCGCCCACCUGCAGGCGCCGUUCCACCGCACCAUGUACCUGGAGCGCUACUUCCCGCGCGCGUUCAAGCGUCUGGGCGAGGGCCUGACGAGCAGCGACAAGCCGUGGACGGCGGCCACGUUCCAGCAGCUGAGCGUCAUCUGCACGCGCAUCCAGGAGCGGUUCGGCCGGCUGGCCCCCGGCAUGAUUUCUGAGAGCAGGUUCAACAUGGAGGCGCUCAAACUGAAGAGCAUUAUCGACGAAAACCAGCACUUCUCAGAGCCAAUGGACAUGACGUACUUCGACCUGCCGUUCCCGUUCGCCGGCAAGCCACUGACGCCGGAGGAGAUGCCGAAACUGAACGUGGGCACGGUCAUCAACCUGACGCCCGUCGGACAGAAACCUGAGGAGGUGGCCAAAUUGCCGGCUUUUCUCGUCAAUCAGCAGCAGUCGGGGAGCGGGGCGGCGCCGGCCGCCUACCCACCGCCCGGCAUGCCACCCAACAGCAUGCAGCCCCCGGGCGCCUACCCGACUCCGGAGAUGCAGGCGGCGGCCGGCUACCCGCCGCCGGGUAUGGCGCCGCCGGGUAUGAUGCCGCCGGGUAUGAUGCCUCCGGGUAUGCCGCCGCCGGGUAUGGCGCCGCCGGUGAGCUCGUACCAGGCGCCGGGGAUGUACCCGCCGGCCGGCUAUCCUCCGGCCAGUAUGGCGCCGCCGGGCGUCUUCCAGCCGCCCGGCAUGCCGCCGAGCUCGAUGGGUAUGCCGCCCCCUGGCUACGAGCCGCCGCCGGGCUACGAGCCGCCGCCGGGCCUGUCGCAGCCGCCGCCGCAGAUGUGGCCGACGCCGCCGCCGGCCGUGGCUCCGCAGCCGGCCGGCGCGACGGCGCAGCAGGACGACAUGGACAUCGAGCUGCCCAUUAGUGACACCGACCGAACAGAGGACGAGGCGGAGAAGACGCGCGCCAUCGUCCAGUCCGAGAUCAAACGGUGGAAGGAGUCCAUGCUGAAAAGUGAGGCCAAGGCGGUCGUCAAGGAAGGUCCCAGCGAUCCGAUAGAGGCAAAAUACUACCAGGCUGCUAAACGGAAGGCGAAAGAAAUUGAAAAACAGGACGACGACACGGAGGCCGAAAAGGAGUCCAAACCGGCCACAGCUAAGAAGGGAAAGGAUCCGAACAAAAAGGAGAUAAAGAUCAACAUCACUACAUCUAAAGAAAAGCUGAAAGAAACAAAGCCAGAACGAAGCGAAAAGAAAUCUGAGUCGACCGCUUCAAAGAAAACAGAGUCGAAGUCUGCAAAGAAGUCAGAAAACACGAAGAAAGACAGGUCCAAAACUGACACCAAGUCGGCGAAGGACGACGGCGCGGGUAUGGAGGCGGUGAGCUCGGACGAGGAUGAGUCGCUCUACAAGGUCAAGGACGCCGACAAGUCGUCCGCCGCCCGGUCCAAGCCGACGACCCCCUUCAAUCGCGGACCCGCCUAUCCGCGCCGGUCUUUCCGCCCGUCGCCGCCGCCGCGGCCGAGAUAUCACUACGACCGGCGCGGCCGGCGCCGCUCGUGGUCCCGCUCCCGCUCGCGGUCCAGGUCGCGGUCGCGGUCCCGGUCACGGUCGCGCUCCCCGUACCGGAGCUGGCGCGGCCGCUCGCCGCCGCCGCCGCCGCGCGAUCGAUCCCGCGGCCGCUCGCCGCCGCCGCGCGACCGCCUGUCCCGCGACCGGUCGUCACGCGGCCGGUCCGGCGCAGCCUCCGAGCUGCAGGAGCGGCGCCGAAAGUUCGAGCGGCUGGAGAAGAUGAUGCUCGACCGGCUGGCCACCAAGAAGGCCGUGUUUGACCGACGUCCCGAGGACCAUCCGGACUACGCCAACGAGUGGAAAAAGUUCUGGGAGCGCCGUUACAAGGAGGUGCAGCGCGAGGGCAAGAACCCGGACACGUACGAGUACACGCCCGAGUGGAAGAGCGCCUGGGAGGACUACGUGGACGAGCUGUUUGUGCGCGAGCGGCACGACAAGCGCACUGAGCUGCUGCAGCAGUACGAGCUGGUGGAGGACGAGGAAGGGCACCUGGUGGACGCCAACGCUCCGCGGCGCGCCGACAGCCCCUGGGAGUCGGGCCGGAGCCGCGGCCGCUCGGCGUCCACCGACCCGGACCGCCGGCCGCUGCCGUGCAACCCGUCCCCGCCGCCCGGCAGCGGCGGUCUGCACCGGCCCGACACGGGCCUCUCCACGCUGUCGGUGGGCUCGGCCGGUGAGGCGGCGCGCGGCGCGCCCGCCCGGCCGGCCGCCGUCGACCUGCCCGGCGUGCUGCGCGUGCUGACGGCCCUGGAGGACCAGCUGGGCUCGUUCGCCAGUCCGACCAACCUGCUGCUCUCGCAGGCGGUGGCCGCCGAGCGGGUCAAGGCCGGCAGCUCGGCGCAGCUGCUGGCCGUCACCGAGCACGUCCUGCUGCUGGACACACUCAAGGAGAAACUCAAGGGCCAGAUCGCAGCCGGGAUCUUGCCGGCGGCCAACGUGAACGCCUCUCGGCUGGCCAUCGACCAGAUCGCCAUGCUGCUACAGAACGUGCCGGCGCAUGUGUUCGAGCCGCCGCUGAGUAACCAGCAGCUGGCCGACCGCGUGGCCAGCUCAGUCUCCAGCAACGACCCGAUGGUGAUCUCGCAGCAGAUCGCUGUCACGCUGACCAGCCUCGGACGGACCAACGUCUCCGAGACAGACCUCAACGAGAUCCUCAUCAAGGUGAUGAUCGCCAAGAACCUGCUGCCGGCGGCAGCGGCGCCCGCCUCGACGGCCGCGCCGGUGUCGUCAGCGGCCCCGCCGGCGUCUGCCGCCGCGGUGCCGGCCUCGUCUGCCGUGGCGUCCGCGCCGGCCGCGCCCCUGCCGGCCAGGCCGUUCGUUAGCACGUUCGCCUCGUCUGCGUCCGCGAUGCCGGCCCCGGUGGCGUCCACCAUCACCACUCCGGCCACCCACCUGAAGCCCACCACGCGGCAGGCCGGCGGCCGCGGCCCGCCGCCGCCCGAGACGCCGCUCUUCAACGCGUACGCCGACGAGCGGCCCAGUCACGCGGCGCCGGUCAGCGGAGGCGCCGGACUGAGUAUGCUCCAGUCGGCCUAUGAGGAUGACGACCACGACGGUCCGCCGAGUCCGACCCCGCCGGCCCGCGCCCCGGCGCGCAGUGAGUGGGAGCGGCCGGCGCCGCCUCCGCAGCCGCAGCCGCCCGCCCAGCCAGCGCGCGUCUCCCUGCCGCCGACACCGCUGGCGCGCGACCGCACCGAGCACCGCGAGCCGGUGACCAACCCGCCGGCUCCGGAGGCAGACGACGAGCUCAGCGCUGAGCAGAUCCACGCGCUGCUCAACAACUUCGACACGCUGAGCCGGCCCGAGCAGGAGCAGCUGAUGGAAUACCUCAAGAAGCUGGAGCGGGAGAAGAACGACAAGGUGGAGCAGCUGAAGGUGCUCCUGGCGCGUGACCCGAUCAAGACGGGCGGGCAGAAGACGCAGGCGGGCGGCGGCGCGCCGAACGGCGGGACAGCGGCGGCCGAGCCGGUCCGCCAGCGUUCGGCCAGCUCGGAGAGCCGCCAGUCGGCCGCCUCGUCGUCCGCCGCCGGUCCGGUGCCGGUCACCGGUACCACGACCACCACCACCACCACCACCGCGGCGGCGGCGGCCGGCGCCACCACGGCCUCAGUGACGGCGGCGGCCACAGCGGCCGCGGCAGCCGCGGCCGGCGUCAAACCCGGACAGAACGUCGAUAUCAGCAAGCUGCUGUCCAAGGAGGCGAUCGAGGCGGCGCUGCAGAUCGCCAAGCAGCUGCGGAAGGGCGGCGCGCCCGGGCGGCCGGCGCCGGCCAUGGACGCGCCGCUGCCCGCCAAUCACUUCCAUGAGGUGCCCAAUGUAGUGAGCAGCCUGGCCGUGGCGGCCUCGCUCUCCGAGUCUACCAGACCGCGGCCGGGCCGGCCGCACCAGGCCGGCGCCGGGGGCGGACCGCCGCUGCCCGCGAACCCGCCCCCGCCGCCGCCCGAGCAGCCGCCACCGCCGCCGCCCGAGCAGCCUCCGCCGCCGCCCGAGGAGCCACCGCCACCGCCGCCACCGCCGGAACAGCCGCCGCCACUGCCCAGUGACGGCGCCAAGCCGCCCCUCCCGCCGGGUCCGCCGCCGCCGCCCCCUGAGGAGGCCAACGGCGUGCCGUACCACCAGCAGCAGGCGUACCUUCAGCAGCAGCAGCAGCAGCAGCUGAUGCAGCAGCAGGCGGGCCAGUACGGCUGGGGGCAGCCGGCCGGCCGCGGCCGCGGCGCCCCGUUCCACCAUUACAACCAGUUCGGCGCUCCGCAGCAGGGCUACUACGACGACUCUUUCCAGCAGGGAUACGGCGGCCGGGGAGCGGCCUUCGGCGAGAAGAAACAGGAACCGGAGAGCUUCAACGAUCAGGGAGUCGACUACGGCGGCGACAUGGAUGUAGACGACUACUCGGAGGAACAGGGAGACGAGCAAGCGGAACAGCAAGGAGAGGACUACACCCAUCAGCAGGGGGAGGACUACACCCAGCAGCAGGGAGAAGACUAUAACCAAGGGCAGGGAGAGGACUAUAACGAAUACCAGGGAGACGACUACGCCGAACAGGAGUACCCAGAAGAAGAGGAGUACCCAGAGGAGUAUGACGAAGCGAACGAUUAUGAGAGCAUGGCCAGCAAGUACAUUGACGAGGAGCCCGAGGACGACCCGUACGCCGACCCCGGCCCAGGGUUCCGCAACAGGGGAGGCUUCUCGGCCGGUCGAGGUGGGCCCAGAGGAGGGCCGGGUGGCGGGCCCAGAGGAGGGCCGGGUGGUGGGCCCAGAGGAGGGCCGGGUGGCGGACUCUUAGCAGAGCCUAGGGACGGUCUCGGUGGUGCCGGUCGCGGUGGACCCCGGGGCGGGCCCGGCGGCGGCGCCCCCUCGCCGUGGGAGGCCGGCGGGCCGCCGUUCGGCAGGGGUCGCGCCCGGGACCUGGGCCCGAUGCUGCCGCCGAUGUUGCCGCAGGGCGGCCCGGCCAUGCGCGGCGGCAGAGGCCAUAAGGGCGGCGGUGGGCCGCCGUUCGGCCGCGGGGGCCGCGGCGGCCGCCGGCCCUGGCAGCGCUGGUGAUCGAGAGCGACCUGUGUCCGUGCUGUGUGACGGCGCGAUCUGCGCGCCGUAUUCUGUGAGCUGUGUGGCGCCACGUUCGCGCCAACCGCGCCGCGAGCGCGGCGGACAUUCGUGUGAGUGCGGCGGGCCGCGGCGCUUUCUACGUGUGCGUCGACCGCGGGCCGUCCGCGCGCGACCGGUGGGGGAUCGGGGAGGGGCGCGCAUUCUGCCCUGUGGCGCGCGCUUCAUUCUGUGUAAAGCAACUUGCCGGCUGCACAUUGUACCACUUGUAGUGUUUAGAUGUCUGUACAAUGUACUUGAGGACUUCGACGUUCGUUUUAAACAUAAAUAGAACUUAUUGUCGUUA